AGGGGUCAAAGUUUAUAGUACGGAGUGGAAAGUACCACUGCCAGCUACCGCAUAGGGCGAUGAUAGGGCACUGAAAGGUUGAGAGUGAACAACAGCACAAAAAAGACAGGAGCAGGCAGAACUCUUAGCUCAGCAUGGCCGGGAGAGGAUUGGUGGAGGGCGAGUGUGGUGGCCCCAACUCUCUCAUGAAACUCACCUCACACUUCACACAAGACAGAGGCCUCAAGCAGGAGGCGUAUGGAGCUACAGGAAGAUUUCCGCCACCCAAACCCUAUGAGAUUAAUCGGCCACUUGCUCAAACAAGCACUGAUGAGCUGGUUGGGGAGUUUCUGUCCAGCCACCAGACGGCGAUGGCGCCUCAGACGUUCCACAUGGGCAGCCUGUUACAGGAGAUGAGGGAGAUAGAGGGGGCCGAGAUGAUCCACGCCCCACAGAGAGCCCCAGGUAUCGCUGAGCUGGCCUCUACUGGCGACUGGUCCCAGGAAUUUCUCUCCUCGGCCUCGGCCAACAACCAACAGCUGACGGCGGGUCGCGGAGACCAGUGGGCCGGCGAGUUUGACCGCUUGCCCCAGGGGCAGGCUGACCGGGGGGUCAAGUGGGCGCAGGAGUACCUGGAGCUCCCUGAGCAGGAGAAACUGGCCGCCGAGUAUCUGGGUCAGACGGACAUCCCAGAGGCCUGGUCGUCAGAGUUUAGCCAGGAGCUGCUGGACGACACACGCUGGGUGGAUGAGUUUUCCAAGACGGCCCGCGACACGGAGCUCGAGGACACCGCCAACGCGCUGCUAGGAGCUGUCAACGACCCCAAGAUCAACAACUCUGAGUUCAUGAAGUUUGUGAAGAAGAUCGGGGCAGGUGAAGUGAGCAUCAAGGACAACCAGUUGGUUGGUAAGAGCGGCGAGGAAGUGGCCGAGGACUGGGCCCAGGACUUCAGUGCUUCGCAGGAGGCUUGAAGAGGGCCACCCCUGGCUGUCUGAGUAUGACACCGCAAAGGCUUUCAAGGAGUACGAGUUUGACAAGGACAACCACCUGCUGGAGCACCAGAGCCCCUUCGAUGAAGGUCUGAAGCGUCUGGAGGCCGGCGACAUCCCGAACGCCGUGCUGCUCUUUGAGGCCGCAGUGCAGAAGGACGACAAUCACGCCGAGGCGUGGCAGUAUCUGGGCACUACGCAAGCCACAAAUGAACAGGAGACGGCCGCAAUAGCAGCACUCAGGAGAUGCGUGGAGCUGGACCCCAACAACCUGACAGCCUGGAUGUCCCUGGCCGUGUCCUACACCAAUGAAUCGUACGGUUCGCAUGCCUGUCACGCGCUCCGGGCGUGGCUCGCCAAAAACCCGCGCUACACGCACUUGUUGGCGGAGUCGGUGGGCGAACAACCUCCAGAGUUAUCCUUCAUGAGCAGCCGAGAGCACGAGGAAGUGCGAGAGCUGUACCUGUCUGCGGCGAGGUUGUCGGCUCAGACACAGAUAGACCCUGACGUGCAGUGCGGUCUCGGAGUACUCUUUAACCUCAGCGGCGAGUACGACAAAGCCGUGGAAUGUUUCGGCCUGGCGCUACAAGUGAAACCACAGGAUGCGAUGCUUUGGAAUAAAUACGGAGCAUCUUUAGCCAACGGCAACAGGAGCGAGGAGGCAGUGGAGGCGUACAGGAGAGCUCUCGAGCAGGCGCCGGGAUUUAUCCGGUCACGAUUCAACUUGGGCAUCGCAUGCGUCAACUUGCAGGCGUACAAAGAAGCCGUCGGCCAUUUUGUCACGGCGCUGGUCAUGCAGCGAGAGAGCCGAGGCCCCCAGGGUCAAAGUUCAGCCAUGUCCGACAACAUUUGGAGCACGCUCCGCAUGACCUUGUCUCUCCUGGGGCGCACCGACCUGUACGAAGCCUGCGACAAGAAAGACCUGGACAAGUUACGUAACCUCUGACCCCAGCUCAAUUCUGGCCGGGGGAGAGAUUUUGGCGCAAGUUUGGGGUUUGAAUCCAGGUCUGGCUGGGAGAGAGAUUUCUGCACAAGAUUGGGGAUUGAACCCAGAUCUCCUGGACGUAGUCUGGUGUGUGAGAGAGUGAGGGCGGAUUUGGUUUUCGGGAGGGGAGAGCAUGUUUUCCUCCCCCCCUUGCCCUCGCUGCUGAAUGCGCCUAUGAAGGUAGAGGAAGAAGUGGCUGAUGGGCGUGGGUGUGGGCGAGUCGGGCAGGGGGGACAACUGUUGAGCAAUUACGGAGUGGAGCAAGAGUUGCACGGAAUUCUCAAAUUGAUCUUUAUGUAGAUAACAGAGUUGAUGGGAUUUUGUGGAGAGAGUUGAUGGGAUUUUGUGGAUAGAGCUGAUGGGAUUUUGUGGAUAGAGUUGAUGGGAUUUUGUGGGAAGGGAUUUUGUGUAAAACAAGUGAGUGUGCAGGCAGGUUGAACAUUUUGUGAGGAAUUCUGUCUAAUGUAGCGCAAGUCAACGCAAAACAAAGACAGAUUGAACGUUCGUUUUGCAAUAUUUGGUAAAUAUCGUAUUUUUCAUUCACUAAUGUGGAUGAAAUGAGUUCACUAAACUGGAAGAAAUGGAUUACUUGUCAAUACUGUACUGCAGAGGGAAAAGGGCUUUGUCAGAACCAGUGUUCUUUUCCUGACAUAGUUGCGCUUUUCUCCAGAUCAUUUUGUACAGAAAUGUUGUUUUAAUGAGGGUUUUUUUUAAACAAGUAGUCAUGUAGACUGUUUUAGGGGUUUAUUUCCUUUGUUCUAAGGAUUGAGGGAAUGUGUUAGGACAGCUCCAUAGUAGGGAUGAAAUUGUUCUACAGAAUGUUGUGGUUUUGUUGUGUAAACCCUAUCCGUAAGCCCUGGGAUCAUUUUGUACCCCCGGGGUUGUAUUCUUCACA